AUGCCUUUGCCACCAGUUGCGCGUGGUACUUAUUAUGGAAUGCCAUCUGAUGUUGAGGUGGAGUGCACGGAGCAUUCCUGUGUUAGUGUACCCGGUCUGGUAUUUGUUCGAGUCCGUGUCUUGGUGAUGUACGAUGUGGGUCUUGCUGAUGGCCCUGUUAUUCAGGAGUUUUUGUCUGUUCAUGUCUGGCGUGAUGGAGUGAUGCUAGGGAUGCUCCCGCCACCUCUGACUAACGCACCAGGUUGGCGGUUUGGGGGCCGUGUUGAGGGGUGCCACACGAUCAACCACCACCACCACUCCAGUGGCCGCUCCCAUGGGUCUGGGUUCGCUGAUAUCAUCUUGGUCGCCGCCAAGGACGGUCCCAACAGGGGCCUGUCCAUGCCGGUGCCGGCUCACAGGGCCAUUUUGUUGAGCAUCGCUAAUCGAUCCCCAGUUUUUCAAGCAAUGCUCAAGAAUGAGAUGGAAGAAAACUGAAGUGACACGAUUAAGAUAAGUGACGUGUUCUAUGAUGCCCUCCAAGAAUUUGUCAACUAUCUUUAUUCCGCUAAAGCAUGGCUCGAUGAGCAAAUGACUUGUGAGCUUCUAGUAUUGGCCGAAAAGUAUCAAAUAAAGCAUCUCAAAGCUUAUCGUGAGAAGUUCUUGAUAUCCAAAUUGAACUGCGACAACUCGAUUGCAAAUUAUGCCUCCCCGCACUAGCACAACAUGAAACUUCUCCUUGAGGCUGCCUUAUCGUUAAUCUUGGACAAUACGGAUAAACUCAGUAAACGUGAAGAAUAUUCGGAAUUCGUGGAGAAGCACCCUGCCCCUGUGGUGGAGAAAUGUAAAGCGUGUCUUGCAAAGCAGGAAAACACUGCAGCACCUAAAGAUACUAUCGCAAAGUCAUAG